UUUUUCCCACAUUAGGUUUGGUAGCAAAGAACUUGAAAGAUGUUUCGAUUUAUUUUCUUUAUUGGAUUGGGUUUACUGAUUGGUAGAUCAAUACCAACAGCUGCAGAAACAUCUAUAGCUCCAUCAACAGGAGCAACAACCCUUGAACCAACAUGUAAAAUAGUUACGGUGUCAUCUAUAGCACGAUUGACAAAAAAUCCUGCACCAACAUGUACAUCAGUUACAACAACAUCUACAGCUCGAUCAUCAACAACCCAUGCACAAACAUCUCACUCAGCAGUCACUGAACCAACAUCUACAACUCAGUCAAGAACAACUGCACCAACUGUGCCAAUAUCUACCACUCUGCCAUCAACAACAGUCACACCAAAGUCAACAUCAACUGUACCAACAUCGAUAUCAGUUGCAUUAACAUCUACUCAAACACCAACAUCUACUUUUCCAAUGACAACUCAAGUUCUAUCUACAACUCAACCAGCAAGCCAGUCUAUAUCCACAUCUCCAGGCACUGUCCCAGAGACAUUUGCUUAUGCAGCUUUCCAAUUGAGAUCAUCUGUCGAGCUGAGCAAUGAUGACAUCAUUAGAUAUAUUGAAGAGUUUGUCAAGCCUUUACAAGGAAACUUUACUGGGACCAUCAGGAUUACUUUGAAGCAAUCAGGAAAAUUGUUGGAUGUGAAUGGAUCUGAUGGGAAACUUGUGACCGAUCGCAUGCCAUCCUCUACAUACACUCAGACUUAGACUUUUGGACUUAGAGUACUAUGCACAGUUUCUGGACAGUUCUCUCAUUAUCUGCUUCGGUACUGGACUCAAUGAACCAUUGAAAACACAACUACUCAGUUAUGGUCCUCGAGGGACCUUUUGCAGGUUUGUGGAGUUUGUUCUCCAGUGGAGGAGGAUUCAAACAUGCAUCUCCAGUGCACUCAAGCCCCACAGCCUCAGUGCUCUCAAGCCUGGCAGUACUUCCACUGUCAGCUGCUCUUCCCAUGAUGGUGAAUGCCAUUUUGUGUGUCUGUACCAUACACACUUAUCUCAAUUUGCACUCUCAGAAAUACAGGUACAAAAGCUGUCACUGGGGCGGUACCUAGAGUCCAUUUUGGUACCUUAAAGGUAUAUGAAGAGUUCAGAUGCAAAAGCCUCUAAAUCUGACGUAUUUCUUUAAAAUUAGCAUUUCUUUCUGGCUACUUUGUAUAGGUUUCUAUGUAAGUACUGGUACUUCUGAUUAUGCUGAGGCUGGAAUUAAGCGUGUUUGAGGUAAAAGUAUUUGAUGGACGUAUAAUAUAUGUCAGGAGCAUUCACUCAGUAUGAUUAUC